AUGACGUCCGGCGGCGCCUCGAGCGGGACCUCCUCCAGCCUCGCUCCGGAGGAGAAGGGCGCUGCCGAGCCGUUGGAGAGCAGAUCUGCGAACGCGCCCAACACAGCCAGCAUCGUCUUUUCAGAGCCGUCGCGCCGCCGACACGGUCGGCUAAACUUCCAGUGGGUGCUGCGGCUGAAUCAGCGCGCCGUGCCGGCGCUGCGCGUCCUCACAAACUGGAAGGUCGAGACGUACAUUCAGGAGCGGAGAGCGGCCGGGUGCGUCUCGAGCCGCGACCGGCUCUACCGGUUCCUCGCCUCGCCGACGUCGUCCGGCAACGCGCUGAUGUUUGCGCUGCUCAUCCUCGCCUUCUCGUUCGCCUCCAUCAUCACCUUCGGCGUCGAGUCUCACCAGCACUCCAAGCAGGUCUUGUCGGCGCUCGAGCUUUACGGCGAGAAUGCGACCGCCAUCGAGGAGCACCUCGGCAGCCUCACGCCGCCGUACGAAGAGCCGCUCUUCGCCUGGAACUGCGUGCUGGCCGCCAUGUUCACCGCCGAGCUCGCGCUGCGCCUCGCCACCUACCCCACCCCGCUGCGAGACUCGGAGCUGUGGGUCGAUGCUCUCGCCCUGCUCCCGCUGAUCCUCCGCAUCGCCUGCGUCUCCACCCCCGAGGGGGGCCUCUUCUACGAGUCCGCGCUAGAGAUGUACCUGCCGGGCCAGUACUACCAGCCGACGGGCGGCACCUUCCUCCACCUCAGCGCAGCCUUCUCCUCGCUGCGACUGCUCAAGCUGACUAGGCACCUGACCAGGCACAUGCUCGGCUGCCGCAUCCUCGGCCAGACCCUGACCGAGUCCUUCACCGCCCUCCUCAUCCCGAUCUACUUCCUCUUCACGCUCGUCACACUCUUCGGCGACCUGUACGACCCCUACGCAGAGCGGGACGGCCCUCGCGUCCUCGACAUCCCCACCGCCUGGUACCUCAUCCUCGUCACGAUGGCCACCGUCGGGUACGGAGACUUCUCGCCGCAGACCGCCGGGGGCAGGAUCCUGAUGGGGCUCGUGACGACCUCUCCGGGCUCGUUUGCUCGGUUCGUGAUUAUCACCGGGCUGACGGCGCGUGAGCUCGCCCUGAUCGCCGAGGAGAUCAAGCUGAGGUGCAGCCUGCACGACGUGCUGCAGGCGUUUGAGGACUUUGACUCGGACCGCGACGGCAGCUGCGCCUGCCCCGAGGCGGUGACGACGGGGAUGGGAAUCAACCUCGAGGGGCGCAAGCUGCGCUCCCUCUGGCGGCAGUUUGACCACGACGAGUCCGACUCGAUCCGGUACCACGAGUUUGCGCUCGCCCUCUUCCCCGAGCUCGAUCCGCAGGAGAUGGCCGAGUCGAUACAGCAGCAGCGGCAGCAGCAGCACUAG